AUGUUAUUAUUGUGCCUUUCUCUCAUCACUUUAGUGUUUUCUACUACGUGUACAUUAAGCUCUAAACAGAAAGAUAUCAUUAACUUUACAGACCCAAAUGUAUUUGUUGAAGCGGGAUGCCCAUGUGACGGAACAGACUGUGACUUUGACUUGAGUGCGCUUUCUUGUGGGAAGACAUUGAGUGAAAUAACUACAACGGCAAGACUUGUCCUCUCCCCAUUGAAUCCGUCAUGUUCCAAAUUACCGACUUUAUCGUUUGCAGGAACGUCGACUAUAGAAAGAAUAGACGUUGGGUGCGUUAUCUUUAAAACAACGACCAACACGGUAUUGACAGUCUAUGCUUUGGAGUUUAUAAUCGAACAAAAUGACGUUCACUUUGUCAAUAUUACGGAGACUGUAUUACUCAAAGACAUCUUCCCACGUAAUGUCUCCGACGCCGCAGUCUAUUUCCAGAACUCCCAAGUCGUUGUUUUCGAUAUAGAGAAAUCAGUCGUCAUCGAUCUCCAAAAUUCGCAUCUUCGAUACAACUCACAACAAGUCCUCAUCGACAACAUCGUUAGACUCAACCAAUCAAACAUCUUCUCUUCUCAUCCUUUAACAAUAGACAAUGCCACUUUCGAGUUAUACUACAACACCUCUGGCAUGUGGAGUGAACUCUAUGCCGAGUCAAGCCUCAAUGUUUCCUCGAUGACAGUGGUACUGACAGUUGUUGGAACUCCUCCGAGCGAAGACGCCGCCUGUUAUGUCCAGACGUGCUCUCCGUUUAUUUCGAACACUGUUGGAUAUGAUAUUUUCUUCUCAACGGAUAACACUCUCUUUACGUCAAACGAUGAGCGAAUGGAUCACCUUGUCAUAGUCCAUGGGGACCAAUCAAUCGACUUAUGUUUUACACGAGACGAUGAAUGUAAAUUUAUCGACAAGUAUGGCUAUAUCAUCGCAUUCUUACUCUUUGUAGCUAUAUCCUUGCCAUUUCUUGUCAUUCCUGUAGUGAUAUGGAUCAAUAAAUUUAGUUGUCGACAGAAGGAUAUGUACUACGACUUCUAG